AUGGUGCCGUUAUUAACUCAAGAGGAAUGCUCACAAAGAUGGCGGAAACUCGAAGAAUAUGGCGGAGGAUUUGAUAUUGCUCCCACCCAGCUAUGUGCUGGAUCACUUGGUCAUGGUACUGCACAGGGUGAUAGCGGUGGCCCGCUAAUGCAACGAGAUAAUGAUGGACGCUGGUAUCAAAUAGGCAUUACUUCAUUUGGUAUAAAUAUAGGUCCUGGGUAUUACGAUCAAAAUAUGGCGCCAGGAAUUUAUACUCGGGUAUCAUCUUACUGCAACUUCAUAAUAUCAACUACCAAUGGGGAAGUACCUUGCUCUUCAGGAGGAUCCCUUCUUCACUCUGUCGCAUUUUUUAUGUUGCUAUUACUUACUUUCAUAAUUUCAUAA